UGAGAGAGAUUUGCUGAUUUGGAUUGGAAAAUCUCUGACAUUGUAAAUUAUAAUCCAACCAUUAUCGGAUCAAAAUCUUCCUUUCUGUACGAUUUGGAGGCGUUUCAGUUGUGGGUUUUUCUUUCUUCUGAAGAUGGUUACUGUUAAUCUGGGCAUCCUUCAUUAUGUAUUGGAUCACAUCUAUGGUGCAUUGGUCCACCGAACGAAAAUAACCCCACCAUUCUUCUCCAGAGGAUGGGGAGGUAAUAAGCUGGAUCUGCUAGAGAGCAUGAUUAAGGAGCUCUUACCCGAUUUGGCAGCUAAGAAUUGGCCCCCUAAUCUGGUGCAGCCCACAUGGAAAACGGUUUGGGAAACGAAGACCGCUUGCCUCAGAGAAGGUGUUUUCAGGACCCCUUGCGAUGAGCAGCUCAUUAGUGCAUUGCCUCCCGAGAGUUAUACUGCACGGGUCGCUUAUCUCACACCAAAGCUCAUUCAUCCGCAUAAGAUGGCUUGUGUGGUUCAUCUUGCAGGAACUGGAGACCAUUCAUUUGAGAGGAGGUUGCGUCUUGGUGCACCAUUGUUGAAGGAAAACAUUGCAACAAUGGUGCUUGAGAGCCCUUUUUAUGGAAGGCGGCGUCCUAUACUACAACGUGGUGCAAAGCUUCUUUGUGUGAGUGACUUGCUGUUGUUAGGAAGAGCCACCAUAGAGGAAGCUCGCAGUCUGCUAUACUGGUUAGAUGUGGAGGCUGGGUUUGGCAAGACAGGUGUAUGUGGACUUAGUAUGGGGGGUGUACAUGCUGCAAUGGUUGGAUCACUGCAUCCCACACCAGUUGCCACAUUCCCAUUUCUCUCUCCACACUCUGCUGCUGUGGCAUUCUGUGAAGGAAUAUUAAAACAUGCCACUGCAUGGGAGGUAUUGAAAGAAGAUGGAACAGCAGCACAGAGGACUGCAAUGACACUUGAGGAAGUAAGAGAACGGAUGCGAACUGUACUAUCACUAACAGAUGUCACAAGAUUUCCAAUUCCUAAAAAUCCUCAGUCCGUGAUAUUUGUAGCUGCAACUGAUGAUGGGUAUAUACCAAAGCACUCAGUGUUGGAGCUUCAAAAAGCUUGGCCUGGUUCAGAAGUAAGAUGGGUGACAGGGGGACAUGUCUCAUCCUUCCUCCUCCAUAAUGAUGCCUUUCGCAAGGCGAUUGUUGAUGGGCUUGACAGGUUACAAUGGAAGGAUUCUUCAUUGUGACAUCAGGUUCUGUUACAUAAGAGAUUGCUUUCAAGUCAUUUGGGUUCUUUUCUUCUUUUUACUCACUGCUUCUGUAACAAGAACUAUACCUGUAAGCACCAAACUCCCCCACAAAAGGAAAAAGGAUAAAAAAGGGGGAAGCAAGAGGGUCAAUCAGAGAAUCAGUGCUUCAAUUUGUUUUCUUGUAACAGCCAAGAGAGAGCUAGGGGGAGAAAUUGUUAUCAAAGUGAAGAAUGUUUAAAAAUGCUAAUUUCAUUUUAUUUAAAUGGUUUUCUUCUUCUUUCA